CUAACUCUUUUUAGUGUGUGUGUGUGUGUGGGGAGGAUGAAGUUAGCUCUGUUUGCAGAAAGCUGUGUUCUUUCUAUAUCCAACCGUGUGGGAAUUGGGCCACGUGGGCAAAUGAUAAGGCUUAGGCAACGGAUUUCUUUUAAGCAUAGCAAGUUGGCUCCAGGUCCCUUUCCUUUUCUUGUUUAGUGCCUACAACCUGCCAGCUGGACAGAAUGAGAACCCGCUGGUUUCUCCUUUUUCUUGGUUUCAUUUCUUGGUCUUUAGGUGCAGUCGACGGUAGCAUCAGUCCAACAGAGAAGAAAUCAAAGAAAGGCAAACCAAUCAAAGAGGAGGACAAUGUCCUGGUCUUAAAAAAGAGCAACUUUGACCAGGCCCUGAAUGAGUCCAAGUUCCUGCUGGUUGAAUUCUAUAUUGCUUUAUCUGGGCCAUCUCAGAGUUUGGCUGCUGAAUUUGCUAAGGCUGCAGAACAAUUUAAGAACGAAGCUGUGGAUAUCCGAUUUGGCAAAGUGGAUGUGGCAGACCAGAAAGACUUGAAAAAAGAAUUCAACAUUCAAGAAUAUCCCACUCUGAAGUUUUUUGUAGAUGGAGACAGGAAAAAACCCAUUGACUGCAAAGGAGUCAGAGACGCCGCUAGCUUUGUUACAUGGGUUAAAAGAAGAAUAGGAUCUAGCAGUGUACUUAUUAACAGCACAGAACAGGCCAAAGCCUUCAUUGCUUCUGAAGAUUUGGCAGUGAUUGGCUUUUUCAAGAGACUUCAAGGUGGAGCUGCGGAGGUUUUCUAUGACUCUGCAAGAGAGGUCCCAGAACUCCCUUUUGGGGUAACCGCCAGUAAAGAGGUUUUCGCCAACUUCGGUGUGAGAGAAGAUAUGGUGAUUAUAUUUCAGAAGGGAAAGCCAAUUCAUAAUGAAGCAUCAGAAGAAGGCAAACUGAAUAAAGUGGAGCUCAUUCGAUUAAUAAAAACAUUUACUAUGGAUUUAGUCAUAGAGUAUAAUCUUGAGACGUCUGUGAAGAUUUUUGAUGUCCCUGUCGAAAGCCACAUUGUUCUGUUCAUGCCCAAAAACUCAGACGCAUUCAACGAAGCUUAUGAAAAUUACUCUUCUGUUGCCCCAGAAUUCAGGGGGAAGAUCAUGUUCAUCUUAGUGGAUACCGAUGAAACCCGAAAUGGCCGUGUGAUUGAAUAUUUCCGCGUCACUGAGGUGGAAGUCCCUGCUGUUCAAAUCCUAAACCUGACAAACGAUGCCCGGUACAAGAUGCCCGCAGAGGAAGUGUCCCCAGAAAACCUACGAACCUUCUGCCAGAACUACUUAGAAGGGAAAGCAAAGCAACAUUGGUCCAGCGAGGAAAUCCAAGAAGGCUGGGAUAAGAAGCCUGUGAAAGUGCUUGUUGCGAAAAACUUUGACAAAGUCGCCUUUAAUAAGAAAAACCAUGUCUUUGUAAUGUUCCAUGCACCUUGGUCUCACAACUGCCAAAAAUUGUUCCCAGUUUGGGAAGAGCUUGGCAAGAUGUACGAAAGCCGCAAAAAUGUUGUCAUUGCGAAAGUGGACUACACAGCAAACGAAAUCCUCUUAAUCAACUUAGAACGCUACCCCUUCUUCAGAUUGUUCCCUGCAGGAUCGACAACGGAGGUCAUCCCAUAUAAAGGCGAAUACACUCUUGAUGCUUUUGCUAAAUUCCUAGAAGAACAGAUUGAGGCACGAAAGAAGGAUUCGUCAAAGGCCAAAAAAGAAAAGAGCGUGGAAGAGGAGCUCAACACUGCGCAGAAGGAGGAAUUGUAGGAAGAGCGCUGCCUUCUCAAGGGUGGCUGAGCUGUGUAAAAUCAUUUUUAACGGGAUUGUGUAAAUUUAGGAAAGCAUUGAAAAUAAUAAACCAAGGUCAAACAAACACAACGGUUCACUAACGCUUGGCCAGAGCAGCUUCUCAACCGCCUGGAAGAAGUCUGUGGCUUCUCUCAAAGAGGGUUUCUUUGUUUUCCUCUCACUGUGUGCAGGAGUAAAGUCUGGAAAGUGUUUUUCCCCAUUCAAAAGAGAUUCAGGGAUCUGCAGGCUGCUCAGACCAACUUGUUCCACUAAUAAAAUAGGAUAGGAGUUGUGGCCCAGCAAAAUCUGGUCACACAACCUUUGCAUGGCCACGCGUUUGCCACCUGUACCUUACAACAUCCCCAUAACAUCAUCCCAAUACUGAUACUUCCUUAAUAAAAUUAGUGUAAAAGUGGAAGAAAAAGGAUCUGUAUUGCCUUUGGGUCUCAUCCCUUGAAAAAGACACAGUGGAACCAAACUAAAGAACUGUGUGUAUUUAGAUGCAUUCUCUGCAUUUCAGGGACUCAAAUACGCACAUUCAUCACCAAUAAAGUCUUAUUUUACACCAA